AUGACCUCUCAAGUAUUUGUUAUUCCAACCUACAAGAACGGCACCAACUGGGCACAUUUAAAGCCAAAUCGGGAAGUCCCAAAUAUGUGCGACGUAAAAUGCACUCAACCUCUAAAAGGAACGACAUUUACCAACACCUUGGAGCUUGCAAAGCUUAAAAAGAAUUACGAAUUUUACGAGUGCGACUGUGUGCGCAAGCGUAGAACUGACCUCAAUGCUAAACGAUACCGGUUCCUCAUCAAAGAGCAAUUGAUCAUCUAUCGGAACAGCAAUUAUAACUGUAAACUGGAUGUGCCGCGAGAAGUAGUACUCGGUCUGAAAACUACAAAGGCGGAGACUCGAAUAGCCAGCUACAGGAACGGUAGCGAUAACGACUGUCCACCCUUAAAAUGUGAACCUCUUGGGGAGGCGAGCCACCCGGCGUAUAACUGGAGCAAGGAGGACGCAGCCGGUUACCUCGACAAAGGCUAUCGUAUACCCCUGGGGUAUAUUACUUGGGGUUGCCAGGGGAUUCCGGUAACCGUUUAUCAGUAUGCUCUUAGUCAAGUGAAGGCCACAAUUUUACCAUUCAUUGAUCGGAUUGUGAAGUUUACCACGAAGGAAUUCAUUUGCUCAAUCAAGCCUCUGGACGUGAUAAAGAUAUAUCCAGUUUCAAUGAGCUGGACUGUGGACGGCGUACUGAAGCAAAAGAGUAAUACCAGCGUUUUGCGUGUUUCACCAGAGAAAUUAAAGUCCAAGCCGGAGACUCAUACCAUUGCGUGUUUUCUGGGCAAUCGGACAAUUAAAACAAUGGAGUUCCUCGUCUAUGAAGACAACAUUUGGUUUAUUGGAUAUAUGUCAGGUUCGACCAAAGCCGAAGUCCAAGUGUUACCACCCAAACGACCCUUUUUCCUACAACAUGCAUCGGAAAGAAUUGAUUCCAAGUUCGAAAUCAGGCCGCCCUCACUGCGUACCUACGGCGACUAUAAGAUUCAGAUGAAAGUGGAUACCAACUCACAAGAAGCACAGAUUUACAUGAACGACACGUAUAUAGGAAAACACCAAACAAAUCUGGAAACUAUCUGUAAGUCCACUUUUUGA